ACUUUCUCAACAUUUCGGUAUGCUACGCCCCAAACUACAGGAGAAAAACACACUAGCUGUUGCUAUCUACACCCUGUCGAGGUUGGUUCUGUCUGGAUUUAUAGACACAUCUACCUCCCGCUCUACAAGAAAUAACAAGCGUUAUUUUCUAAACAUAUUCCCCCCACACCGAGGAGAUUUCUUCCACUGAGGCAAGAAUCACACAACAAGUAAAAGGCCGUCGCUGGAAAUAAACGACUCGUUGGAGAAGCUAUCGGUGUGUCUGGAGCAAGGACUAGCAACAAUAACAGACACUAUUUAGGCCGCUUCAUUGUCAGUGUCUGCGCCUGGAACAACACCGUAUUACGGGUUUAUAACAAAGACAGUCGAGUGAGGACCGGGAUUUCCUUCUCCGCAUGGCCAUGCGAGGAGCUCGAAUCUACGUACAAGAAUGUUUCGCCUUCUCCCGGCGUUAGCUCAGCCGCGGCUCCAUGGCCAACAGUAACAACAUGCUCCUGGCCUCUGUCGUGGUUGUGUGGGAAUGGCUGAACGAACACGGACGGUGGCGGCCCUAUAGCCCCGCCGUCUCCCACCAGAUAGAGGCGGCCAUCCGGAGCAGCGACCCCCGCGGAGGAAGCGUGGUCCUCGGCCAGGUUGACAGCCGGCUUUCGCCCUACAUCAUAGAUCUCCAGUCAAUGCACCAGUUCAGACAGGACACAGGAACCAUUCGUCCGGUGCGGAGGAGUUUUUAUGACCCAGUCUCGGCCCCAGGUCAGGGCUGGCAGUGGGAGUGGGAAAACGAUGCGGGUUCGUGGACGGCCUACGACAUGGAGGUGGCCAUUGCCAUCGAGAACGCCCACAAUCGGCAGCAGCCCUGCUUUGACCUGACACCACUCGGCUUCUGCUACCUCAUUGAUUUUCAGAACAUGACACAGGUGAACAGACAGAGCCAGAGGUGUCGGAGGCUCCAGAGACGUGCUGACAUGGCCUACCCUCUAGUGUCCGGUCCUCUCCCAAUACCUAAAGGAGGGGGUGUAGGAGGAGGAGGAGGCGGCCUAACAGGAGCCCUGCUGGGUGUUGGGGUGUCGGGGGCCAGCAUGGGGAUUGGAAGCUCCGUCUACCCCAAUGGGGGCAUACCGGCUACUGGACUAGGCCAGCCUUGUUCCUGCCAGCAAUGCAUGCUGGUCCUUAGUGUAAAGACCAAUACUGGAGGGGCAGGGAUACAGACUCUAGGUAGACGCUCACUGACCAUGCAGCGGUCCAAGAACCCAGUACCCAUCGCCUCUAAACCUCUGAGUCCAUCUAAAUCAGCCACUCUGGGGCGAGGACAGCAGCUGAACUCAAACGCCAACUCCAACUAUUAUCAGACGCUGCCACACGGUCUCGCCAUCUCCAGAAAUAUCGCCUCUCCAAGAAGGAACGCCCAGCUCUUUGCUCAGUCGCUGGCCGCCCUCACCGCUGGCACCACCUCUCUGGGUAUCUCCUUGUCUUCCAACAGGCCGCCUCCGCCAUCCCUCCCGCCUCCUCAGCCUCCAUCAUCUAAACCGAACCUGAUCCCUCCGUCCAUUCCAGCUAAGCACUCCUCAUCUUCAGCCAACGAAUCAGUGCCAACCGCCACAUUAGUUUCCCCUUCCAACAGUGUGACCACGCCCCCUUCUCCUGUCCCGUCUCCAUCGUCGAUGGUGAUGAAGCCGCAGCGCCCACUGUCCUCCGCAGCAACAGUGUGCCAUGCCCCGUUGCCACAGAGAUCAAGCUUAGCCGGGCUGAGUAGACCAGCGUUACAGAGGAUUGCAAUGGCCCAGUCCAGAGCGCUCAUAGCAUCAGGUGUGCCCACCGUCCCAGUGAAGAACCUCAAUGGAUCCAGUCCUGUUCACCCUGCACUGGCCGGGAUCACAGGUAUCCUGAUGAGUGCUGCCGCUCUGCCCGUUUGUCUGACUAGACCUCCAAAACUCGUGCUGCAUCCUCCGCCUGUCAGCAAGAGCGACAUCAAACCCGUGCCAGGCUUUGGCCACUGCUGCAGGAAGACCACCAAGAAACAGGCUCGUAAGGGUAAAACUCCAGAGGAGGUGGUAAAGAAGUACCUGCAGAAAGUAAAGAGUCCCCCAGAGGAGGACUGUACCAUCUGUAUGGAGCCGUUAGGCGGUCCGUCUGGAUAUAAGGGUCCGGGGGUGGCGCCCGUGUCUCGGGCGGAGUCAGUUGGGCGACUAGCACAGUGUGGACACCAGUACCAUUUCCAGUGUCUGGUGGCCAUGUAUAAUAAUGGCAACAAGGACGGCAGUCUUCAGUGUCCCACCUGUAAAACCAUCUACGGUGUAAAGACAGGCAACCAACCGGCAGGGAAGAUGGAGUACCAUGUGAUCCCUCACUCUCUACCAGGACAUCCUGACUGCAAAAGCAUACGCAUCAUCUACAACAUACCACCAGGCCUUCAGGGACCAGAGCAUCCCAACCCAGGGAAGCCCUUCACUGCCAGAGGCUUUCCCCGACACUGCUACCUCCCAGACAGCGAGAGAGGACGCAAGGUACUGAGACUGCUCCUGGUAGCAUGGGACCGCAGGUUGAUCUUCUCAGUUGGGACUUCGAGCACUACUGGAGAGUCUGACACCGUCAUCUGGAACGAGGUCCACCAUAAGACAGAGUUUGGCUCCAACCUGACGGGCCACGGCUUCCCUGACCCCGGACACCUCAACAACGUCCUGGAAGAGCUCAGAGCUCAGGGCAUCACAGAGGACGACGGACUGGUGGAAAAGUGAAAGGACAAGCGACCGGGGCAGACAUCGUGUGAGAGCAGUGAAGAGUGGAAGGAGGAACGAGGAGUAGAGAAAGAGACCAUGAAAAUAAAAAGAAGAGGACCUGGACUGAGGCACACUCUCUCAGCCAGCAUUUAAGAGGGGUGCAGGGGACGCUCGGGUUAUAGGAGACAUAGAUUUUGUUUUGCAGAGGGAACCACUUUUCAAGAUGUUGAUUGAGUCAUUGCUGGGUUCGUCUGUCAUUGUAAGUCUGUCCAAACUUUUCUGUUUUCAAGUAAGCACAUUACCAGCUGGAGUUUGAGGAAGCUGCAGCAGAGAAAGAGGAGGAGGCUAAAAGAACCAGCAGAAAAGAAUGAUGGCACUCACAGGUUUAGCUACUAGACAGCUAGGUACUAAAUGUCGACACGUGAGAAUGGAUUGGUACUAAUAUUUAACACAAAAACAAGUUCACUUUACUGAGAGAGAGAGAGCAAGAGUAACCAGGAAAAGAAGGUACAACGUUAGAGCAGUUCAAUGAACACUGGGAGAGAAAGGACAAAGAGAGAAGUUGGAGCAGUGGGGGAGGGGACAGGAGGAGGGGAUGCAGGAAUAAUGUAGCAGAAAGAGACAAAGAUGGUGAAUGAAUGUAGCGUAGGAUAGGAGUAGAGUCAAAUCAACUUGUAUGGUACAUAACAUGUACUUUAGCUAUCAUUUAAAACACCAGGUAACCAGGAGUGAUGGAGGGAAAGACAGAUGGACUGCGUGCUUGCCUUGUUCAAACCACCUGCUUGUUUGUGGUUGAAGUUUAGUGCUGUUGCUCCCUCUUGUGGUGGUACUGAUGAACUACACCUCAGCCUGCAAGCUAUCGGAACAAAUCAAAUUGUUACUAUGAGUUAUCCGCUGUGUUACUUUUUUAUCAUUGUUACUAUAAUCCUCAUUUAACGUCAUUCCAUACUUUACCUCCUACUUUUGACUUGAUGGGUUUUUUUAAAUGACCUCGGCUCUAUAUGUUUAUGAUUGUGUGUGAAAUGACAAAAGACCAAACUAAGGCCUAGUCACUUUGGUCUAUUUGGAGUCUUACUAUUGAGCCUUUGUGGUACAAGUUAACCUUAGAUACACAGGUACAAGUAUUUACUUAUAUAUCUUUAGUUUUUUCCCUUUUGAUGGUUCACAUGGUUUCAGUGGAUGUAAAUGCUGUCGUGUCCUUGUGAGAAAAGGUGAGGAUGUGAAUAAAAACCCGAUAAAGAUAAACAGUUUGAGGGUUGCCUAAAGGUGCUGAGGAUUUACUAAGUGUUUAGUUCUAGUUGAAAGAGCUUCACUGUCAGUGCUUCAACUGAGAAAUGAACAUGGGCCUGGUUCACCACCAGAAAGCCCCUCAAAUUGGGCAGAGGGUCGGGGAGGAUGGAGAGGACAAGAGGUAGAGCAGAAGCAGAGGUCACGUCCUACUGAGGAGAGAAGACCCUCAAUAUUCAAAUACUGUAUAUAUAUUAUAUAUUGUUCAAUCUGGCAAUUUGUCAAGGACACUGUGGUUGGUGGAGCUUCAGAAUGAGUUGUAAGUAACUAGUGGAAAAUUACAAAUGAAGAUCCCCAAUUAGACACAAACAUGAUUAACUAGGAUUCUAGUUAAUAGUUAUGUCCCAUCAAAGUUAAUAAAAACUAUUUCCUCAUUUUUACUUGAGAAGUUAAAUUGCAAGUUCCCAAAACCGGUUUAGGCCAACCACAGGAAACAUCACAACUGGACUGGCUUCUGAUUGGCUGACAUCCCUUAAAAUAGGUGACAUCUGUCCAAUAAGGCCAGUUUGCAGCAUCUGAACCAGAAGGCCGUCAUUCUGUGGAUUUACCUCGUCGGCCAAUCAGUGAUGUCAGUUCUUUCUGUGGGGAUGUUAAUAUUCCUGGGAAAUAGCAUGAAGAGCAUAUGCUGCACCUGCACCAGAGGACAGUGUGUUUGUAACUAUACACAGUAUGGGAUCUUUAAUCUAUGACUUGUUGACCUCAGCUGGAGAUCAGUAGCAUCCUUCUUAAUUCAACUAAAUUGAUUUUAAAAACUCCUCUUCUCACCUCUACCCCUCCUGACGGAUAACACACUGCCCAGUCUUAGAGUUGGGUCUGUAAAUGACCCCUUAUCACAAUGCAAUGUUACAAGAUGUGUGUGUGUGAGAGUGAGACAGAGAGAAAGAUAACCUGUGUACUGUGUAUACUACCAACAUGCUCCCAGUUUAGGGUAUUAUUUUGGUACUCCAUGGGAAUCACAUCAUCCAUUAACGCUGAUGAUGAUUCUCCCUUCCUUCUUUAUUAUGUUAUUUUAAUUUGAAAUGUAGUUACAUCUUUGUUUUUAAUUGCAUCUUCCUUGACACUAUUAUAGAGUAAACUGCCUUUUUUUUAUUGUGUGUAUGUUGUAUUAAUUAUGCCCCUUUUUAUUUGUUAUAAUUGGUUUACAAAGACAGUAUUUUUAAAUACAAUGUCUUUUUUUUCAUUGUGUACAGAAAUGAAGCUGAUUUGUGUCAUCUUUUCUUUGGAAAAGGAAUUUGAUGGUAGACUUUUAUUUGAGUGUGAAAUGUAAUGAAAUUUAAAGGCAAGUCAAACCCUUACACACUUGCUCUUCUGUGAGGUAAAGAAUACUUUUAUUUUCUACAUAUCAUCUGUCCUGUUACUGUUCUGCACUGAGCCUUUAUCUGCUCUCAACGUUUGUGACCCUGGAAGGUUUCGUAGCAGAUGUGUUGAUGGACAUGUUGGGCUUAGUCUUAUGUCCUCUUUUAACAGGAGAAUGGUUCAAGUGCAGGUGGCAUGAUGGAAAUUAUUAUUUUAAACAUUGUAAAAUAUAAUAAAAUCACAAUUUCCUCUUG